AUGGAAGCUUCGUUACUCAAAUCCACCUGGCCAACCAUGGCUGGCGCCGUCCUCCUUUCCUUGGUUGGUUACUUCCUCCUUCGCGCCAUCUACAACCUCUACUUCCACCCCCUCAAAGACAUCCCCGGUCCCAAAUCAUGGUCCGCCACUCGCCUGCCCUACAUCUGGGCUCUCCUUCGCGGGACCUUCGUCCAUGAUAUCCAGAAGCUCCACCGCAAAUACGGCCCAGUCUUGAGAAUCGCACCCAAUGAGUUGACAUUUACGCACCCAUCUGCCUGGAAUGACAUACUGCAAUCCCAUCACGGAAGGCCGCCGUUUCCCAAAGAUCCGACUUGGUGGACUACGCAGCGUGUCCACACCGAGGGCUUGCUCACAGCUCUCAACCACGAGACACACGCCCGCAUGAGAAAGGCCUUGACCCCGGGCUUCACCACCCGCGCUUUGCGGUCUCAGGAACCAAUCAUCCAACGCUACGUCAACUUGCUUGUCGAGCGUCUUUCCGAAAUGAUCGACUCCCCAUCCUCAGGCGAAAAAGAUAACAAAGGUGUGGCCAAGGCGGAGGUAGAUAUCAGCCCCUGGUUCAACUUUGUGACCUUUGACAUCUUUGGCGAUCUUGCUUUUGGUGAGAGCUUCCACUGCCUGGAGAACAGCAAAUAUCACCCCUGGGUGGCCAUUCUCUUCCACACGCCCGCAAUGGCAACCAAGGUUGCUGCGGCGAGGUUCUACCCCUGGCUGGAGUCUGCUUUGUUCAAGCUCAUACCUCCAUCGCUCAGGAAGAUGCAACGGGAUCACUGGGGGCAGGUGGUGGAGAGGGUGGCCAGGAGGAUGAAUUAUGAGGUGGAGAGGGAGGAUAUUAUGAGUCCCAUUCUGCGAGGAAACACCAAGAACGAGAUGUCGCUAGAUGAUAUCAACGGGUCGUUUAUGGCGCUUGUGAUUGCUGGCAGCGAGACUACUGCGACGGCGUUGACGGGUAUGAUGAAUUAUCUGGUCCAGAACCCGCAGUAUUUGAAGAAAGUAACGGACGAAGUCAGAGGGCUCGGCGACGAUGGGAGGGAGAUCACGCUGGACUCGCUACGGGAGCUGAAGUGGCUGAAUGCAGUGCUGACCGAGGCGUUGAGGUUGUGCACGCCUAUACCUUGGAUCUUGCCGAGACGGGUGCCAGAUGCGGGUGGGGUGGUGGCGGGAGUGACACUGCCGGGUCAGACGUUGGUGUCGAUCCAGGCGUAUGCUAUGCAACGGGAUCCCAAUUACUGGCGCAGUGCUGAUGAGUUCUUGCCCGAGAGAUGGUUACCUGAUGCCUCCAAGCCAGAGUCGGAAUUCUAUACAGACAAGAGAGAGGCAUUCCAACCGUUCAGCAUGGGACCGAGAAUCUGUCUCGGGAUUCACCUGGCUUGGGCCGAGAUGCGGUUGAUCACAACCAAGCUGCUGAGGGCGUUUGAUUUUGAAGCGGUCGAGGGGAAAAGGCUCGAGUGGGAGAGCCUAAAGACUUUCAUGUUGGUUGAGAGGAAGCCCGUGGUUGUGAGGAUGCGACAUGCCUCUCAUUGA